AUGGCUGAACUUAUGAUGAAUUUGGCCUCAUUAAACUCUCUAGCUCUAGUACAGUCUGCAAUGAGCUUAAUGUUUUGUCCUUGGUGGAUGCUGGUAUUGGACAUAAUGAUGGUGUCAACUUCUCGAGCAAAGCAAGUCUCACUAGAGAGUCUAGGUUCUAUGCUUGUAUCUAGUUCAUCAUGGCUCUCUAAGAGGUUUGAUGAGGAGUUAAGAGAUAAUACCAAGAUGAAGGUGAUAGAUUUCAUAAAGACUGUGAGGAAACAUUAUGCCAUAGAUGUAACUGUGGCUCAAGUUUAUAAAGCCAAGAGUUUUGCAAAAAUCAGAAUUCAAGUUAGUAUUGAAGAGAAAUAUGGAAAGACUAAUGUGGGUUUUGAUGGGUGCCAUGUUAAGGGUUCUCACCCAGGGCAGAUUCUAAGUGCAGUUGGGGUUGAUGGAAAUAAUAGGAUGGAAUUUUUCGCAGCUAUGGUCCCUCAACUAUACCCGUAA